CGCAUUUCGUUCGUCACAGCCUCUGCAUUUGCGGAAAAUCAGCAGAACAAGGAAGCCCUCACUCGUCCGAUCGUUUCUCGGCUUUUCCGUUUUCUCCUUUUAACGACCGGUGGCACCACCAUGGAUAAUAGAGGGAAAGAUGGCUUAUCAUCCUCCUCUGGUGCAGUUUCAUCGUAUUCCUCGUAUUCACUUGGCCCAACGGUUGGAUUCAGGUUUGAUGAGAAAGAAAUGGAAGCCAGUGGACUAUGACCAGCAUCGACGGCAGUUUCACAGUACAUUUCGUCGGACCCAUCUUUGCAUUGAGGAGAACCGUCGCAAAGCUGAGUGAUUGGAAUAUCCUGAUCACGACUUUGGCAUGUGAACACUCGCUUGUCCUGGGCCUUUUUGCAGAGCAUUUCGUCUUCACCGUGGGGACAUUGGCGUUUUCCAUCACAACGCUCAUAGGCAGGAAUGCAUUCACCACUCUUAGAACAGUGGAACAAACCGUUGCCGCAAACUUCGCAGUAAGUUUCGUCGGUGCCAUCGCUGCACUCAGCUAUUCCAUUGCAUCGUCGCCUUAUAUCUAUGCAUUGCUCGGACACAACGCAAGCAAACUGAUCAGCUGUGCAGAGAGCUCCUCCUUUAAUACCACAGCUCUUAACGUUGUAGUCGUAGUUGCAGUUUUGUGUACCGAGAACGUCAUAAACAAGCCCUUAAAGGCUAGAACUGUCUUGUAG